AUGCAUUGUCGCGCCUUCCUAUUCUCUUUAUGCCACCUGGCACUGCAGCUUCGCAUUGCUACGGCCUCUCCAUACCAGAGCCGUAUCCAAGAGACUGGCACUGUUUUCCCAGCACCCGCUGAAUUCGGCACUUGGCAGAUGGUAUCAUACUCAGAAGACCUCAUAGAAUACUACGACGGUCUCGGAUCCUAUACUCUCCCCGCUCUCGCCUACAUCCAAACCAUUGGAACAAGCUCUGGCAACGUCCGGAUACAGAUCGUCCCAACCAACUACGGAUAUGUCAUGUCCGACAAUACCGCCGCGUUCACACUGCAGAAUGACGGAGUGUGGGAACUGGCCGAUUACAACAACGAUGGCACGCUGGAUUUGAUUUACAUCCAAAUCCGAAACACCGCCUCCGGCAAGGUGGAGAUCAGUGUUGUUUCUGGCGCAUCAAACUACAAAGCUUAUUUCUUGAAGAAUUUGCCUAUCGUGUUUGAUGUGCAGAUCAAUGGUCGUUGGCAGAUGGUUGAUGUUGAUGGUGACGGGUCGCUUGAUCUCGUUUACAUUCAGAACAGCAACACAGCAUCCAAUUACGCAGAGGUCUUUGUCGCAUCGGGAGCUUCGACCUUCACUAAGCUCACUAGCCAGACUGUGUCGAGUCUACCCAUUAGCAAUGAUGGUAUCUGGCUUUUGGCGGAUGGGAAUAUGGCUGGAUCGUAUGACCUGUUUUUCAACCAGAAUAUCAACACGGCGUCGGGGUAUGUUGAGGUGAAUGUUGUUUCGGCCGCUUCUGGUUAUCAGACUCUUAUUCAGGGUGUGCCUACUACCUUCUCGAUUGAGAACAAUGGUACCUGGAUGAUGUAUGAUUGGAAUGGUGAUAAUGUCUUGGAUCUGAUUUACAUCAAGCAGGACGAUACUCCUGAUAUCAGUUUCUACUUGACACCCUCUCUUAGGCCUGUUUUUAUGAACACCAUUGGGUUUUCCUCGAUAUGGAUAGUUUUUCGGUCAAGUAUGGACAGAACUCUUUACCUGGACUUUCAUUUGUUUGCAUUAGUCUUUUCCAUUCACCACCACUCUACUAUUCCUAAUUUCCUUGUUAUAUGA